AGAUAUGUAAAGAUGGCACUAUGUAAUAUGAGGGAUGUCAGUAUUAACUGCACGUGUUCCUAUUUGUUGAUCCGUGAGGGAACGAAAGAUGUAGAAUUGAAUGUGUUCGCAUGGGUUAACAUUUAGAUCAUAGGUUGCAAAUAAAACCAAAAAUGCAGAGUAGUUUAGAGUCUCGUUUAGAUGCCUUGCAUCAAAUAUCUCAGAGGAAGUUGGCAGAUAUCUUAACUAGAAUUCCAGGAAGAAAGGAUUUAAUAAUUGAUCCUGUUCUUAUGAAACCCUUGGAAUGUAUAACAGGAGUUUCCUUUUUAAGGUCUCUUGGUGUGGAUAAAAUUUUCAAACUUGAGAAGAGUGGUUUCAGCUGUGUGAACCCACAGUGGGUGUACUUAAUUUAUUCAGAUCUUAUCACAGCAAAACGUGUCUGUGAUCAAAUUAAUGCAAAUAUACAUCAGGAUCAUAAGAACAGCUAUCACAUAAUUUUUGUUCCAAGUGACCAAGUGGCUAUUCAGCAAUUAUUAGAAGAAGAGGGGGUUCAUGGAAUAGUGACAGUCCAUACAUUCCCUUGGGAACUAAUAAGACUAGAUGGUGGUGUGAUGUCACAUGAGCUCCCUGGUCUGUUCAGGAUGUUAUUUGUAGACGGAGACCGAUCUAUGCUUCCAGCUGUUGCACGAUCCUUGUGGUCACUACAAUUUUUGUUUGGAAGGAUACCUUUAAUUCUGUCGCAAGGAAGAUUCUCCUUGCAAAUUCAAAAAAUGGUUGAUAUUUUGUUUGAUGAGUUAGGGUCUCCAGACAAACCAGAUUCAGAAAUAAGCUGUAUGUUAAUAGUAGACCGAGAUGUGGAUUAUGCGUCUGUCUUACUGACUCCUGUUACAUAUUCUGGCCUGCUAGAUGAAGUAUUUGGUAUUAGCAGUGGUACAGUAGAAUUAGACAGCAGAGCGGCUGGAACUCAAGAUGGCACAGCAAAGAAAGUCAGUUACCAACUCAGCAGCAAUGAUGCGAUAUAUAAUGAGAUCAAAAAUAGACAUUUCUCUGAUGUGUUCACAUUCCUUAGUAGUAAAGCCAAAGAAAUACAUUCUGAAUAUGAUCGUAGUCGCAACAUGGCACUACAUGAGAUGAAGCAUUACGUAGCAACCGAGCUACAGAAAUUGACUGCAAUGAAGAGGUCAUUGGCUUAUCACAUUGGUGCAUGUGAGGCAAUCAUAGGUGAAAUGGGACAUCGAUUUGAAUCUCUUCACCAGACAGAACAGAACAUUCUGGAAGGCAGGAAUAAACGAGAUAAUUUCAAUUAUGCAGAGGAAUGUUUUGCCACGUCUGGAAAAUUAUCUUCCUUGCGUCUGCUCUGCCUCUUGGCCCUAACGCAGGAUGGACUUUCAUUGGAUGAGGCUAUGGUACUUAAAACUCAAUUCCUACAUUGCUGUGGUUACGAACAUUUGGUUACAUUUCAUAACUUAGAGAAGUUAGGUCUCCUUACUCGACAGAGUGCAGGAACAAACGCAGGCAGCAUUCCUUAUGGAGCCAAUGACACUGCUGGCAAGUUAGCAGGUCGCGUGGCACAAGUAGUUUCACAGCUUCCGAAACGCGUCAGCGCAUUCCAAGCAUUUGCUCAAAGACUGAAACUAUUUCCUGAAGUGUCCGAGGAGUACGACCUGAAACACCCAAAGGAUCCAGGUUAUGUAUUUGGAGGAUCAUAUGUGCCUGUUGUAUGUCAACUAGUUAACCUUCUUAUCAAAAAAGAAUUAUCACCAGAAGAAGUCUUGAAACUUGGCUCUAGCAUUGGUACAUCCAGUUCAGUCCAAAAAACUGCGGAAUGGGACUCUUCUGCUCCCCAUUCAUUUCUAGUGUACUUUGUGGGUGGAGUUACCUAUGCUGAGAUUGCAGCUUUUCAGUUACUUGAAAAAUUAACAGGUGCACGGAUUCUUGUGGCUGGUACGUCCAUAAUUAAUGGCAAUAGAUUUAUUCAAAGCAUAGUAUAAAAACUGUCAUAUUCGUGUUUCAUGAUGAAUCCUUUAAGUUCUAACCUGAAGGCUAUGUUUUGAAGAGUCCUAAAGAAAAAAACUGCAAGCAGUAAUUUUGUCCUGUUGUAAUACAUAAAAGGUUAAGAAAUACAAAAAAAAACUCAA